AUGUAUCCUCGCAGGAUAGCCGCCGUGCCGGAUAGUAUUCUGGAUGUGGUCGUGGAUACUCCAGUGACUGACAACGUGCGGGUUGCUUCUCCCCAGGUCCAACAGCAGGACCCGGUACUCCUACCACCACCAACUUACGAGAGCACGACAAGGGUUGCUGUUGCCUCCUCCUGCAACGUUCCCACUACAUCCAGCUUUUCGUCUACUUUCAAUACACCUUCUGUUGCCUCCUCCUGGAACGUUCUCACUACAUCCAGCUCUUCGUCCACUUUCAAUACACCUCCUGUUGCCUCCUCCUGGAACGUUCCCACUACAUCCAGCUCUUCGUCUGCUUUCAAUGCACCCCCUGUGGCAAGCUUCACUGGCCGAAGCACUCCAGUUAACGACCUUGACGAGACACCAAUGGCCCAUCUCUCUCUCCUCGACAGACCGCUUACGUCCCCGCCGGCUCGACGUCAGCAAGCGGUGUUAGACGAUCAACCACCAACUGCCGAGGAUUUAUCAGUUCCUUUCCAUUCAAAAAACGGUAACGAACCCCAGCAGCGUGGACCACAGAUGGCAACGACUGUGAAGCCCUUGGAGAGAGACUUGGCCCAUACGACCAUCCGUGCCAGUCAGGGGGAUAAGGACUCCCAGGUCACUCUUGCAAACAUGUACAAGGAUGGCAAGGAAGUUCCGCAAGACUACCAGUCAGCCAUGGAUUGGUACCUCAAGUCCGCCGAGCAAGGGAGUGCAGUUGCUCAGUACAACAUCGGCGAUCUCUACUACUUUGGUCAUGGCGUACCUCAGGACUAUGGACGAGCAAUGAAGUGGUACCUCAAGGCAGCCGGGCAAGGGCAUGUCGCCUCUCAGCACAGCAUCGGCUUUCUUUACAGGCAUGGUCAAGGCGUCCCUCAGGACAAUCGACAAGCAAAAGGCUGGUUUCUCAAGGCAGCCGAGCAAGGAUAUGCAGCCGCUCAGUGCAACAUCGGCGAUCUCUACUACUUUGGUCGUGGAGCGCGCCAGGACUAUAAACAAGCGAUGGAGUGGUACCUCAAGGCCGCCAACCAAGGACUUUCCCGGUCUCAGUACAACAUCGGCCUUCUCUACGACAGCGGCAAAGGUGUUCCGCAAGACCGUACACAAGCUAUGAAGUGGUAUCUCAAGGCCGCCGAACAAGGAUAUGCUAUCGCUCAAAACAGCAUCGGAGUUCUCUACUACUUCGGUAGAGGUGUUCAGCAGGAUUACGCACAGGCUAUGGAAUGGUACCUCAAGGCCGCCAAUCAAGGACACGCCGCCUCUCAGCGCAGCGUCGGCCUUCUCUACGACAAUGGUGAAGGAGUUCCCAAAGACUACGCACAGGCUAUGGAAUGGUACCUCAAGGCCGCCAAACAAGGACAUGCUUCCGCACAAUACAAUAUCGGAGUUCUCCACAACUAUGGUCGGGGCGUUCCUCAGGACUACAAACAAGCGAUAUUCUGGUUCCGCAAGGCCGCCGGGCAAGGACAUGCAGCCUCUCAAUACAGCAUCGGCCAUCUCUGCGACAACGGCGAAGGAGUUCCCCAAGACUACGCCCAGGCGAUGGAAUGGUACCUCAAGGCCACCAAUCAAGGAAACGCCUCCGCACAACACAAUGUUGGAGUUCUCCACAACCGUGGUCGGGGCGUUCCUCGGGACCACAAACAAGCAAUGGAAUGGUUCCUCAAGGCCGCCAAGCAAGGACAUGCCGCCUCUCAGUACAGAAUCGGCGUUCUCUACAACAACGGCGAAGGUGUUCGCCAGGAUUAUACAAAGGCUGCGGAGUGGUACACUAAGGCUGCCAACCGAAGACAUAAGGACGCAAAGAGACAAUUGAUGGUCUUGAAGAACAAGGGUGUUGCCGUGAACUAA